GCCAACAUGAGAAUCCUCCUGCUUUUCAGACUGGUCGCCGUGGCCCUGGCGAACGUCGCUCGCUUCGACGGCGAACAAGUGCUGCGUCUGAAACCAGUUUUGGACCAACAUGUGACCCUCAUCAAGGACCUGGCACAGACCAUCGAGGUGGACUUCUGGAGACCCGAGAGCGUCGAGCUGGUGACCAUCGACACGGACGUGGACAUCCGUGUGCCCGCUUUGUACCAGGACAUGGUGCUCAUCAUGUUGCUGCAAAGUGACAUGGAGCAUGAGGUGCUCAUUGACGACCUGCAGUCUGCCGUUGAGGACCAGGCCGACAAUGAGGCUUCACCCCGAAGCCACAGCUACAUCAAUUACAACAGCUGGGACAAGGUCCAGGCAUGGAUUGCAUCCAUUUCCUCUUCCAACCCGAGUCUGAUCAGCAAGCAGGUGAUUGGUAACACCUUCGAGGGACGCCCCAUGACUCUCCUCAAGCUCGGCAAAAAGUCCAGCUUCGCCAAGCCCGCCAUCUUCAUGGACUGCGGCAUCCAUGCCAGGGAGUGGAUCUCGCCUGCUUUCUGCCAGUGGUUUGUCAAGGAGGCUCUGUCCACCUACGGCAAAGAUUCUCAGAUGACCAAUCUGCUCAACCAGAUGGAUGUCUACGUCCUUCCAGUCUUCAACAUUGACGGCUAUGACUACACCCACAAGAGCAACAGAAUGUGGAGGAAAACCCGCUCCAGGAGAUCUGGAUCCAGCUGCAUCGGAGCCGAUCCGAACAGGAACUGGAACGCCGGCUGGUGCACCAUCGGAGCCUCCAGCAAGCCCUGCAGCGACACCUUCUGCGGCUACAAACCCGAGUCAGAGAUUGAGGUCAAGAAUGUGGCCGACUUUAUCCGCGCGAACAAGUCGAUCAUCAAGGCCUACAUCACCAUCCACUCAUACUCGCAGCUGCUGCUCUUCCCUUACUCGUACACGUAUGAGCUGGCUGCGCACCACAGCGAGCUGCUGAAGAUCGCACAGGGAGCUUCUGCCGCUCUUCGUGGUCUGUAUGGAACCCGCUACACCAGUGGACCUGGAGCAGCGACCAUCUACCCCGCCGCCGGAGGCUCCGACGACUGGGCCUACGACCUGGGUGUGAAAUACUCCUUCACCUUUGAGUUGCGCGACACCGGUCGUUAUGGUUUCCUGCUGCCUGAGUCUCAGAUUAAGCCCACGUGCGAGGAGACCAUGCUAGCCGUCAAGCACAUCGCUGCUUAUGUGCAGAAGAACCUCUAUUAAAAAAAAAAAAAAAAAAAAAAAAAGAGUGGGACCAGAGAAGCAAAGGACCCCCGCCAACAAGUUCUCCAGCCUCCCCCCCUGCCCCUGGCAACCUCUCCGCCAUCUCCAGCCCCGUAUCCAUGGGAACGGUCACCACCCGCCAUGUUUCCUUGCUGUGCUUGAGAGAAUGUCAAGAUGAGUGUGAACAAUAAAAUCAAUGAUCUAUCCCCA